UCCGUUGGGCACACUGCUAGUCGCCUGGUCUGCUCUAGCAACUACUCAUCCCUUCACCAUUGAUUUCGCCGUCGUCAAUGGCGGUCCCUUCAGACUCAGAAGCCGUUCAAGGAUCGGCGGCAACUCUCCGUCAAGCUUUCGGAAAUGUCUUCUCGCUUUUAAUUCUAAUUCUCAUCGGCGUUAUGGCUUUCUCGAUCCGGCUAUUCUCCGUGAUCAAGUAUGAGAGCGUGAUUCAUGAGUUUGAUCCUUAUUUCAAUUACAGAGUUACUCAGUUUCUGACAAAGAAUGGGAUAUAUGACUUUUGGAACUGGUUUGACGAUCGCACAUGGUAUCCCCUUGGACGUGUAAUUGGUGGUACUGUUUAUCCUGGAUUGACAUUGACAGCAGGCACUUUGUGGUGGAUAUUAAAUUCUUUGAAUAUCCCUCUCUCUGUUGAAACUGUGUGUGUAUUUACUGCUCCAAUUUUCUCUGCUUUUGCUUCUUGGGCAACCUACCUUUUGACAAAGGAAGUUAAGGGAACUGGUGCAGGGCUGAUGGCUGCUGCUCUUUUGGGCAUGGUCCCUUCCUAUAUCUCUCGAUCAGUGGCUGGCAGCUAUGACAAUGAAGCUGUGGCUAUAUUUGCCUUGAUUUUCACCUUUUAUCUUUAUAUAAAGACAUUAAAUACAGGGUCCCUCUUUUAUGCUACACUAAAUGCCAUUGCAUACUUUUAUAUGGUUUGCUCUUGGGGAGGGUACACCUUUAUUAUCAACCUCAUUCCAAUGCAUGCUCUUCUUUGCAUUGUGACUGGCCGUUAUUCUCCACGGCUAUAUAUUGCUUAUGCUCCACUGGUUGUGUUGGGAACAUUAUUGGCUUCAUUGGUGCCUGUUGUUGGGUUUAAUGCUGUUAUGACUUCUGAACAUUUUGCAUCAUUUUUAGUCUUCAUUAUUAUCAAUGUUGUUGCUCUUGUCUAUUAUAUCAAAGGGAUGCUCUCACCAAAAAUGUUCAAAGUGGCUGUUACACUUGUUGUAUCUGCUGGCCUGAUAGUUUGCUGUGCCGUGGUGGCAGUACUAAUUGCACUUGUUGCUUCGAGCCCAACAAAGGGGUGGAGUGGUCGAAGUCUCAGUUUGCUUGAUCCAACUUAUGCAAGCAAGUACAUACCAAUCAUUGCCAGUGUUAGUGAACAUCAGCCACCUACUUGGCCCUCUUACUUUAUGGACAUAAAUGUAUUGGCAUUUUUGGUUCCUGCUGGUAUUGUUGCAUGUUUUUUGCCACUUUCAGAUGCUAGCUCUUUUGCGGUUCUUUAUCUUGUAACAUCAGUAUAUUUUUCUGGUGUCAUGGUGCGUCUAAUGCUUGUACUUGCCCCAGCAGCAUGCAUUAUGUCUGGAAUUGCUCUUUCCCAAGCUUUUGAUGUUUUUACUCGAUCAAUCAAAUUCCCUUCACCUAAUGCAUCGGAAAAUCCACAAAUCAAUGCAGGGGAUACUGCCAAUGCUGACUCGAAGAGUGAUGUAGUGAAGGCUGCUAAAAAUGAAGAACCAGUAAAAGUUCGACAUUCACGAAAAAGCAAGAAGGAAAAGGAUAAUGUUGAAAAAGCACCCAGCAGUUCCCGUCCUGAGAAGAGGCUUUUAAGUUUACCUCCGGAAUUCUCUGUCAUUGGUCUUCUUUUGCUAGCUUUGCUUGGUGCCUUCUAUGUGGUUCACAGUGUCUGGGCAGCUGCAGAAGCAUAUUCAGCACCCUCUAUUGUCUUAACCUCACAUUCACAUGACGGCCUUCAUGUUUUUGAUGACUUCAGAGAGGCUUAUGCAUGGCUGAGCCAUAAUACUGAUGUAGAUGAUAAAGUUGCAUCUUGGUGGGACUAUGGCUAUCAAACCACUGCCAUGGCAAAUCGCACUGUUAUUGUUGACAAUAACACCUGGAACAACACACACAUUGCUACUGUGGGAACAGCCAUGUCGUCACCUGAAAAGGCAGCAUGGGAAAUAUUCCAGUCUUUGGAUGUCAAAUAUGUUCUUGUUGUAUUUGGAGGCCUUGUUGGGUACCCUAGUGAUGAUAUCAACAAGUUCCUAUGGAUGGUUCGAAUUGGAGGAGGGGUAUUUCCUCACAUCAAGGAACCUGAUUAUCUGAGGGAUGGUCAGUACCGCAUUGAUUCUCAAGCCACUCCAACUAUGCUAAACUGUCUCAUGUACAAGCUGUCAUAUUACAGAUUUGUGGAGACAGAUGGCAAGGGUUUUGAUAGAGUUAGGCGGACUGAAAUUGGAAAGAAAGUUUUUAAGCUCACUCACUUUGAGGAGGUAUUCACCACACACCAUUGGAUGGUCCGGAUAUACAAACUAAAGUCCCCAAAGAACAGGAUCCGUGGGAAGACAAAGAAAUCUAAGUUGUCGAAGUCUAGCUCGACUAGCAACUCAAAGAGAAGCAAAACAAGAAAGAAGAAUCCAUGGCAGUAGACCGAGAACACUACAAACAUGUAGUAGAGGAUGAGUUUUGCAACACACAUGCUUGUAGUAUCACAUUCGAAGGAAUCGAGCUUGAGAUUAUGCGGUCUCAAUGUUCUUUCUCUUUUCACUUACCAUCGACGUAGAGACUGCUGAAAGGAUUGUUUGAUUAGCAAUUCAGAGAUUUUAGAUGAGUGUACUAAAUCGAAUGUAUUUAUAUUGCUCAUAGACACGCAUAGACAUACAGUUCAGUCAAAAUUUUCUGUACACCUUCAUUUGACAUCAAUGAAGCUACCAAAUACUACUAAGUUAGAAUAUUAAACCCGUCCAAACUACAUCGAGUGUACCUCGCGUACUCAUUUGAUAUAAUGUAAAUGCCCAAAAUUGAAUGCGAAA